AUGGAACAAACAUUUCGCGCAGAUCUAACCCCAAUACCUGACAAUGAUAAGAAUAUAACGGUGAUCAGUAAUGAUCCAGUGCAACAACAACAACAGCAGCUGCUGCAACCGCAACAACUACAGCUGCAUCACGAAGAGGAUUCAUCUACUUCUUCUUCGACUAAAAAACCCACAAAGAGAACACCCGCCUGUGCACAAUGUAGACGUAGAAAGAUAGGUUGUGAUAGAUUAAGACCCUUUUGUUCUAAUUGUGUGAAAUAUCAUAAGGAAAGAUGUAUUUAUCCGGAAGAAGACUUAGAAGCCUUCAAUGAAUAUAUUAAUCAACCAGCUGUAAAUAAAAAUCAUAAUGAUAAUAAUAAUCAUUCUGAAAAAUCCAGUGAUAAAGCUGUUGGCAACAAUUAUGGUGGUAAUAGAGCUACUUUUGAAGUCAACUCUAUGAAACCUGGAAAUACAAAUAUGAUAAACUCGAAUAAUACAAUAUCAUCAAAUUUCAACGAUAUGUCUACUACAUUUAGCGUACAACGGAUGCCGAUGCAAGCUCCUCUUAUGGUUCCUUCUUCAUCUUCUUCACAAUUUCCUGUAAAUACAGCAAUGAUACCAUCGGGAUUAAAUACUCAAUCAGCCUCUCGUGCAACGACAAUGUCACCAAUGCAAAAUGUACCUUUAAAUCCAACGAUUCAAUUAAUGAAUAAUAAUGAAAGUUCAUCUGUAAUGAAAAUGGAACAACAAUUAAAGUUUCAUAAUGUUCAAAAUGCUCCUGUAUAUGAGCCACCUGUCCUAGUUCAAUUACCUGUUGCGGAAUCACCAAAAGUAGUGAAACCUUCAAAGACUAAAAAUUUACAUCAUGGUCAACACCAUAACGCAAUUCAUAGUAACAAUAACCUUAAAAGUGUUGCACAACCAAAGAAUGUAGUAUCUAUGGAAGAUAUUGGUGCUUAUAAUACAAAGACUCAUAUGUUAAAACAAUUAAAAUAUUGGGAAAGAAAACAGAAAGCCUUACCAAUUGCGAAUAGUGACCCUACAGAGUAUAGCGUAAUGCAAUCUACAUAUAAACAAAAAGAUUUAUUAUUGAAGGAGAUGAAACACCUAAAAUAUAGAUUUAUUGAAUUACAAGAGAGAAGAAGAAAAACAUUCCCUCAGAACGUAACUAAAGUAGCAUAUUUGAAGAAAAUUCCUGUAAUGCCAAUACUUCAGGCUACUAUCACUGAGGAUAUUAAUUCGAAAAAUGAUACUAUUAAUAGUAAUGAAGAUAAUUCUGGACAACUAAUUCGUGAAAGUUAUUUAGGUUCAGUAUCUGGAGCAGAAAAAUUAACAAUAACUAAUCUCCAUUCUAAUACUGAAAAUAAACUAGGUGGUGAUUUAUUGUUGAAGGAUACACCGAAUACUAUUUUCACUAUAAAUUAUAUGGCAAAUCGUGAUACAUUUUUAGCGAAAUACUAUAAUAAAUUGCAAACAUAUAUCAUAUUAAAUUUUAAAGAACAAUUAACCCAAUAUAAACAGAAACAGUUCAAUGCAACCAAUAAACAGAUGGGUAACUCACCCAUAGAAAAUGAUCUAUUGAAUCGUUUACUCGAGAAAUUAUUCGAUGAUAUAGAUAGAAAUGACAGAGGGAAACAUUCUAGAUUAUCAGGCUUUAAUGAAUUUUUAUUCUCUAUAUUAGAAGUUGAUAAUAUGGAUAUUCAAAUGUUUAAGGAACGAUUAUUGAGUCAAAUGAAGCGUGCUUAUCAAGAUUCGGCAUGUACUACAUUUAAAAAUUAUUUUUCCGAAGUUUCAAAAUUUGGUACAUUAUUAAUUGUCUUAAUAAUUUAUUUGAUGGAUAAUAGUAUUGGUAAGGAUCCAGAGAUUGAAGUAUUAAAUAGAAAAUUGAGUCAUAUUGUUAACGAAAUUGAAAGUAUUAAUGAUAAAACGAUAUUAUUUGAAGAUUUAUCAAUUAUUAAAUUUUUAUCCUUAAAAAAUUUAUAUUAUGAUAUAUUUGAAGAUGAUGUUCGAUCGAAUAAUACCAAUUAUAAUCAAGAUGUCUAUUUAAGUCAAAAUUUCCAAUCUAAUCAAAUGACAGCUGAUAUGAAAUUUUCUAUUUAUUCUCAUUAUAUGACUAGAAAUGCAUUUAUUGGUAGUUAUCCAUCAUUAGUGUCAAUAGACAUGUUAGAAGCAUUGUUAUUAGAAUGUAAAUAUCCAGUUAUUCGUAGGAAAGCUCAAACCAAGUUCUGGGAAACAUUAAAUAAAAUAACUGGCAUGAUUCAGAAUCAAAAUUCAACAAAUAUGUCAUCUAUCAAGGAAUUGAUGGAACAUUAUGUUCAAUUUGAACAAGAUAAUUUAGGAAUAAACCAUCCGUACGAUGAUGGCGAUAGAUCUGCUAAAAACGGAAUUCCUUCUAUAUUAGAGAUUGAAAGUUCAUUAAUCAUGCGUUCAAUAUAUGAAAGAUGUCGUUUAUUUAUUAAUUAUUACUUAUUACUAGAAUAUGAGAAGUUGAAAUUGCAUGAUAGAUUCAACAAAGUAUUAUGUGAAUUAAGUUUGUGCAUUUGUAGUAGUUUUAAAGGACAAUUAAUAAGAAGAGAUUAUCUUCGUAAUUUAGAUAAUUUUGAUGGUAGUAAAACGAUGUUUAAUAAGAAUGAUUUAAUAGAUUUGGAGAUUGUUUGUGAGAUGCUAUUUUCUUUAGGGUUACGUUUAAGUUAUAAACCAUCCACUACUGAUUCAAUGACUAUUUCGCCAGAAAAUGAUAAUAAUCCUAAUGAUAUAUCUGUUGCUAUAUCUGUUGUCAAGGAUAAGAUAAGAAAAAUAUUAAUUCAAAUAAUUCUUAGCUUAAAAAAUAAUAAAACCAGGAAAUUAAGAACUGGGCAUAAUAUUAUGUCCAAACGAUUAGAGAAAAAAUUAUUAAAUUUCGUAAAGACAUUAAGUGAAGAAGAUGGUGAUAAUAAUAAUAGCAAUAUGAAGUUGAACAAUGGUAUAACACUAUUAAAUUUAUCUGAAAUUACUAAAUUUUCAGAAGAGAUCAGUAGUAUCAGUGAUAUUAUUAGUUCUGAGGAAAAUGAUAAUACGUUCCAUUUAGAAUAUAAAGUAACUCUUGAUAUUGUACAAGAUGAUUUAAAGACUCAUAAGAAUAGUUACGGACUUACAAAUGAUAGUUUCAGUAGUGUUUUCGGGGCUAUGUUUCAAAAAUGA